GGCAUUUGGAUUGCGCGCACUCGUUUUCCUUUAGUUCGUCGGUCCGUUCAGUUGCAUCAGAGAACAGUCCCGUCCCCGGAUUACUACGAUGGCCAGCAACACCCAGGGCAUCCAGCAGCUGCUGGCCGCGGAAAAGAAGGCCGCCGACAAGGUUGGCGAGGCGCGCAAACGCAAGGCACGUCGUUUGAAGCAGGCCAAGGAUGAGGCCACGGAGGAAAUCGAAAAGUACCGUUCCGAGCGGGAGCGUACCUUCAAGGAUUUCGAAGCCAAGCACGUUGGAUCCCGUGAGGGCGUUUCGAACAAGAUCGAUGCUGACACGCGCCUUCGCAUCGAUGAAAUGAACCGUGCUCUGGCCACGCACAAGGAGCCGGUCAUCCAGGACGUGCUGUCGUUCCUGUACGCCAUCAAGGCGGAGGUGCACAAGAACUACCGCUCAUAAAGUGUUCAACCCAGUUCGCGCCGAUCCAGGUACCGAAAGGUCCACCCUCCCCAAACGUUCCAUCAUGGGUCGAGUUGAUUUUCACACGAACAUUCCGACGAACAAACCCUACACUUCUUGUCAUUUUCCUCUCAACGCCGAGCUGCCUGGUGACCUGCACGGUCUAAAUGGGAGCUCGCGUUAAUUUGCACCUUUGGACUAUUUGCUUUCAGCCCUCUUAGUGCACUUCAAAUACGUCACCGCCUGAUAACUGGAUGUGACGAGUGCGGGGAGAAAUUUAUCUUCUCCCGGAGGGUUUAUUGUUUUUCGUUUUAAUUUCUCCUGAGAGCCAGCGACGGCUGCUCAAUAUACAAUGUUUUUUUUUAAAUUGUUCUAAUGUAAGAUUAUGUAAAAAGGAAACGCUCUAGGUUAUGCUUGAAUAAAGUAGAUGUUAAGAG